AUGUAUAAUGAGAUAGAAGGAAAUUACGAUGACGUCGCCAUUAGUACGUUCAAAAGGGGCCUGCCGACAGAGCAUGGCUUAAGAAAGUCUCUCACUGGGAAGCCAGUCACCAAUGUGUGCCAACUCAUGGACAGAAUUGACAAGUACAAAAGGGUCGAGGAGGACCAGCAGAUAGAGAAGGGUAAGGCGAAGGUUGUCUCUCAGGAGAGAAGGGACUUCAAGUUGGACCGCUUUAAUAGCAGUAACAGGCUGAGAAGAGACUACACGGAACAGUCCGAACCUACUGGGGCUCAGGCAGUCCAUGCUGUGUUCCGAGAACCAUUGCACAAGAUCCUAGAGAAGGUGAAAUGCGAACCUUUCUUUCAGUGGUCGAACAGGAUGGCAGGUGACCCCACAAAACGUAAUCAGAAUUUGUACUGUGCGUACCACCAGGAGCCAGGUCACACCACCGAUGAUUGUAGGAAUUUGAAAAACCAUCUGGAUCGUCUUGUCCGAGAAGGGAAGUUGAGGCAUCUGUUGCACCGCCCUAAAGGAUGGCAGGAACAGUCAAAUAUCGAAACCAGACAAGGCACAUUGAGGCCGCCCAUUGGCACAAUAAAUGUCAUUCUUGCCGCACCUGGAAGGACCGGUUCCAGCCUUUUCAGAGUAAUGUCAGUAGGUAGGUACCCGACUGAGCCGGAUGAAAGGGAAUCCAAGAGAGCCAGAGUGAGUGCGACGCCCUUAAUCGGAUUCUUGGAGGAGGACAAGCACGGACCCUUCAACCCCACGACGAUGCCCUAG